CAUUCUAUUUCAAUCAAUCAAAUCAAUAAAUUACGGAUCUAUAUCAUAUUCUUAAAAUAAUUUCUUGAAUAAAAUUUUGAUAUGUUAUUUUAUAGAAUUUACAGUUUCCUUUGUGCGUAAUAUUAAUGUAGUUUAUUGAUUUAAGAUAGGAACUAAAAAAUGGCUACCUUAAUUCAGUCAUACGAACAACAAUAUUCAGUGCUUACAGCUGAUAUUACAGCUAAAAUUGGCCGUUUGAAAUCGGGAAACGAGGAUAACCGUGAUCAGUUGACAAGAGAGAUUCAAGCGAAUUUUGAAGAAGCCAAUGACUUGUUAGAACAAUUAGAGUUAGAAUCCCGUGGGGCGGGUGCGGGAUCUCGCGUCGGUGCCUACCGCGCUGAGCUUCAGCGUGUUCGCGACGAAUACCGUUCUGUUCUCAACAAUUCAUCCUCAUAUAAUUUGGAAUCCGAAGAAACAUACGAUGACUGGAGUGGUGCCAACGAACAGCGCAGGAAGUUAUUAGACAAUACAGAGCGGCUGGAACGCACCGGCAAGAAUCUGACUGAAGGCUACCGGGUAAUACUGGAGACGGAGCAGAUUGGAGCGGCCGUGUUGCAGGACCUCAGUGGGCAAAGGGAAACUAUACAAAGGUCUAGAGGACGGUUACGCGAGACCGACGAGCAGCUGAACCGUUCGUCGCGGCUUAUGAACUCAAUGAUAAUCCGCGCCCUGCAGGACCGGUUCAUACUGGUCAUGGUGUUCUUAGUCCUCGGCGUGCUCAUGUGCGUGGGCCUUUACUUCUCCUUCUCCUAGCUGUCGGCCCAAAUACAAUAUCUCAAAGACUUGGCGAUAUCGCAGUGGGUGUACUACCUUUACGUGGCGUGUACCAAGGUGUUAACGUUGGGCCUACGAGUGUUCGUGUUUAAACAUUAUUUAUAUGCAUUCCUCUAUAGAUAUAAGCUGUUUCUUUUUUCUUAAUUUGUUAGAGCACAGUUUUUUAAUUGGUGAUAAUGUAAUGGUAACCCCGCCUGCGCUAACGGUAUACACUGGCGGGGCACCGGUGAGGGAUGAUAGGUGAGGAUGACGUAAAUAUAAUUAAUCCAACAUGUAAAAGGUGGAAAGGAAUUGUUAGUAAUUGGGUCUAAUAACUCCAUCGCUAGCAAUAUGCCCAUAUCAAGUCAACCUCCACGCGGUACCCUGGAAAGCAUAAAAAAUUUGUCACAAAGGUUUCCAGUGGGAACCACGUGGAGGUUGACUUGACAGGGUGUAGCGCUAGCCAUGGGGUUGCUAGUUCUCAUGUAUAUUGCUUUGACUCUAUAUAACUUGUUGCCCAAUCAUCAGACCAGUAAUAAAAUACAGUGGGUUGCCAAAUUAAUAGGGACAGUCACGAAAUAUUGGUUUUUUGUAAAAUAUUGGUCCAUAAUUAAUUCAAAACGUCACUUUAGGCUAUGAUUAUAUUUAAUAAUAUUAGAUACAUAUCUUUAAUGAAUUUAGAAUACAAUAAUUUAAUAUUUAAACAACUUGAAAAUGUAAACAAGUAUAAUAAGUACUAUGAUGGGAAAUUAUCAAUAUUUUGUCACAUUUCCUUUUGCUUCUAUCAGUGCUUGAAUCCGCCUCGGCAUACUUUCGAUACACUGUUUAGCACUUUCUUUUUAUUUGGGAUUGUGAUGCCAAACAUUUAUUAACUUUUCAACCAGUUUUUCUUUGGUAGUUAUCAUUUCCUUGGCAAUUUCCGCCUUGGUAAUUUGCCACAAGUUUUCUAUGGGAUUCAUAUCAGGAGAAUUGCCAGGCCAAGGUAAAACUGGAAUGUUGUGGUCUUCCAAAAAUUUGGUUACACUCCUCGCUUUAUGGCAUGGUGCUGAAUCGUGCAUAAACACAAAUUCCUCCCCAUUCGUGAACCAUUCCUGGAGUUGUGGCAACAGGCGUGUUUCUAAUACUUGCUUGUAUUGGUCCUGUCUCAUGGUUUCCUGGACUAUAUAGAGGCGCCCAACCCCUUUUGCGCUUAUGACAGACCAUACCAUUAUUUUUACAGGGUGUUUAACGCGUUCCACUAUGCAAUCAGGGUGACAUUUCUCGCCUGGACGCCGCCUGACAAAGUUACUUUUGUCGGCUAGAAUUUCAAAUGUUGACUCGUCUGAGAAACAUACCUAAAAAAAAAUAGAAAUUUAUUCAUAAUUUUUAUAAAUAUGAUUUUAUAUAACACAAACAAAAUUGACAUUAGAACUGACCUUAUUCCAGUCUUCAACAGUCUUCAGGCGGUGCUCACGAGCCCAAGCAAGCCGUUUCUUCUUCAUCGCCUUUGUCAAUCGUGGUUUCUUAACUGGACGAUGACCUGUCAGGCCUUCCUCUGCCAACCUUCGCUGUACAGUUCUUUUAGAAACAGGUAUUCCAUAUUCCUGUACCAUCUGAGUUAAGAAUCCAACAGUUUUCUUUCUGUUUUGCAAACAGAUAUCCCGAAUUUUCCUAUCAGAACGUGCUGUUGUGAUACGUUUUCUGCCACAUUUGCCUUUUCUUUUGGGCGAAAGUGGCCGAUUCUGGUCUAAAUUGACCUUUAUUUUAUUGACAGCAGACUUAGAUACGCCGGCCAGUUCUGCUAUCUUUCUCUGAGAAUGACUUGUGGUUAGGAGAAGAGUUUUAAUCUCAGAUUUUUUUCUCGGAGACAAAUCUACCCCUCGACCCAUAGCCAAAGCUGUAAAAAUAUAUAAAAAUAAAAAUUGUUCUAAAAUCUGCCUCAAAAUACUUUAAUUUUAAUAAUAGUAAAAUAGUACUUACUUGCAGGUAAUAAUUAUUUCACAAAACCACAAAUGAACUGUUCAAAAGAAUUAUUUACGUGUUUCACUUUUACACGUGUGGACGACUGUGUGUCUCUCUCGUUAUUAAAAUAUAUUUACAAAAUAAAUAAAUCUCUCAGCACUUGAAAUUCACUUUAAAUUUGAGUUACAGAGAUACUGAUAACAUAAAAACAUAUUUCAAACACACUUAUACCACUUAAAAACGCAAUCAGGGGCACUUGAGGAACAAAAAUUAUAAAAAAUGUGACUGUCCCUAUUAAUUUGGCAACCCACUGUAUAUGAAAUCCAGUUAAAUUGAUAUUGUAUGUUGUUGCUAUGUGUAUUUAGUAUCAUUAAGGUUUAAAUUGUCAUCAUAUAAACAUUGCAAAUAAUGAUUUCCUAUUUCUAAUACAUUAUGCACUGUUGAAUAGAUUUUAAAGUAUUAGAAUCGAUUCUGAGGCGCUGUUUUUCUAAAUCUAUCUCUGAAUUUAAAAUAUAAAUUUGAUAUCACAGUUAUAUCCAAUGUAUGGACCGAUAUGAACUUGUUAAUUUAUAUAUUUUGUUUUGUGCUUUUUUAUUUUCAUUCUUUUAUCUCUUUUACUGUGUAUUAUGUGUAUGUUUUUUUUUUAUUGUAAUUUGUGUGCUGUAAAUAAUGUAAAUAAAUUAUCUAUCUAUCUAUCUAUCUUCUAAUAGAUUUAAGACAAAAUUGUUAUAAUUAUAGUUUAUGUUGGUCCAUAAAAUGAUAAUUUACCAUCGCACCGCUCGCCAUCGAUAGAGAAUUAAUCCUCACACGCUUGAACCUAAAUGGUACAGUACCACGUACAGUGCGGGUUCAAAGGGAUUUUUUUCCAGCGAACGCUCAGGCUGUGAAAUGAGCUCCCUACCGAGGUUUUUCCUAAAGACUACAGUAGAGGGUUCUUCAAAGUUCUUCUUUAUUAAAGUUUUUUCAAGGUUGGCAACGCGCACGUUACACCCCUAGUGUUGCAAGCGUCCAUAAGCUACAGUGACCUUUUACCAUCAGACGGGCUUCUUGUUUACCCAUCUUUGUGAUAUAAAAAAAGUGAUUUCGUGAAAGUAACAAAUAAAAUAUACGGUUAUAAGAGAUAAAUUUAGAAAAAUGACACAUCAGAAUCAGCGCCACCGUUCUAAAAUUGUAUUAAUGGAACUACGUAAUCCGUUUGUGUUUUGACUCUUGAUAAGUGUACAUAUUGUUAAUAGCGUGAAUGUAAGUAAUGUAUUUUGUUGCAUCUACGUUUCUAUAUUUUGUCCUCGUUAUAACACAAUGGUAGAUAUUUUAUUUAUUUAUUUAUUUAUUUAUUCAAAGGAACACCAACAGCAUAUUGCACUAUAACAUAUAUAACAAACGUUAAAUACAAUACAAUAUUAAUGCACACGCCUAUUAAAGGUAUUCACAGCGUUUGCUUUAACAUAAUUAUACAGUAUGAUGUGAAAUAAACAAUUUUAAGGGAUUAAAUAUUAUAUAUACUAGCCUACAAAUAUUUAAAAAGUUGGGUUUUUAUUUUUUGAUGGGUGAAAAUGGUAUGGUAACCCCGCCUGCGCUAACGGAAUACGCUGGUGGAGUACCAGUGAAGGUUGAUCGAUGAGAAUGAAAACAGGCCAGUUAGCCCAUCAUGAUGAAUUCAUCAGGAAUUAACCAUGAUAGUUUCCAGGGGGGACCGCGAGGAGGUCGACCUGGUUGGGUAUAUUGCUAGCAAUGGGAUUCUCAGUCUCCAUUAUUAACAAUCCCUUUCCCCCCUUAACAGUCGCGUUAUUAGUGUAACCUAAGUUGUGAGUAAUAUCAGUAAAUACGAUUAUAAUUGAAUUAAAUUAACAAAUAUUCAGAAUAAGAAAAGAUUAAUACGGUAUUAACCGUUUGAAUGCCGACAAGCGCCAUAGCACUCGUGAAAUCAGUUGCUGUAAAAAAAUUAUUAAAAUUGGAUAAUUUCUUGGAGAAGAUACAGUUUUUUCAGAGACAAGGCUAAAUGACAUCAACACGACAAUGGUUUCUUUGGUAUUUUUAAGUAGAUAUGAGUAAAAAUCAAUGGCACUGAAGCGGUUAAGUAUGGAUACAUGUGAAUCAAUGUUAUUAAAUCAAACUUUGUUUUUAAACUUAUGUAAAUCAAGAUAAAUAAAUUUGGUAGGUGAUAUCGUACCACAGCAAAAAAAAAAAUGCACUUAGUAAAAAUCCUAUCCUAUCCUAUUCAGUUCCUAUCGUGAUUAAAAGAAAAGACUUUAUUUAUUACUGUAUUUUUAUUAUAUAGAUAGGUAAAAGUUUUAUUUUGCAUCUCAAAUAAAGAAUUUCUUAAAUAAAAAUCAUUAAAAUAAUAUAAAAUGCUGUAAAAAAAUUCUUAAUUUAAUUUUGUCCCACAAAUAGUGGAUAAGCCAUAAGCUAUCUGUCUUUUUUUUUAAUAGAUGAUAAUGGAAUGGUAGCGGUGUUACCAUUCCAUUAUCGUCCAUUAAAAAAAUAGAUUCAGUCAGUUUGAUAUUGCAGCAUUUUAUACAUGUAUUAUUAUUGCUAAAAUUGUGGGAAUUAUUGGUAACGAAGUAUUCGUGAUAUAGAUGUAUUUAUAAAUUACAAUCAACAAAUAUUUAUGAGAGAGAGAAAGUUGUAGUAAAUAAAGUACUAAUUACGUUUUUACUUGUAAAUAUCUAUCACGCCAGGUACCUUACGGGAUGAGUGGACAUCCUGUCCUUACAUCUCUUGCUUCGUCCACUUGACUACGUGUAAAUAUAUUAAAAUUAUAUAUUUAAUAAAUUAAUUUAAUUUUUUCACUAGGAAAUUGUGAUAUUUAAUUUGAUUUGACAAAUGUAUAUUAAUGUAUAAUUAUAAAAUAAUCAUGUAUAUGAGACUGCUAUCUAUUAGGCGGUUUAAUUGUAGAUAGAAUAAAUUAUUUAAUUGCUUACUGCAAUGAAUAAGGUGAAAAAAAAUGUACCUAAUUAAGCUUAAAUGAUUUUUUUAAAUAAAGUAUUCAUUGUAUUCAAAAUAUAAAGGUAUUUAAUUUAAUAAUGUUUUUAUAACACUGUUUGGGUGUAACUAGGAACGAUAAACAUCUUACCAUGGAUGGGCAACAUAGAAUAUACAGUGUCGCCAAUGUUAUAUGGACUAAUCCAAUAUUUUUGCUUAUGAUUUCUCUAUAAUGUGUAUAUGUAGUUACAUAUCUACUUAGCAUUGUGUAUAUUGCGGUUUUACGUUCAUCAACCGUCUAGUCACAGAGUUAAGCAAUCUAUUUUAUUUUCCUUCACGAGUUAUCUAUAUAAAAUUGAAUCGUAAAUCCUGUUAACAUUCAAAAACGGCUUUACCGAUUUAAAUAAUUUUAUUCAUUGUAAUACAAUUUAAUACGUUUAAAAAAAAAAAGUAAAAUUGCUGAAGUUCAGCUGAAAAAUCAAAAAUUAAAAUAGAUCAUUUUGCAUGGGAGUCGAUACUUCGAAAUAUUUUUAAUAGAUGGCGUUAUAUGUGAUACGAAAUUUACAGGGUCAGCUAGUAAAUAAAUAAAUAUCACUACACGUAACAUGCCAUCUAGUCCCAAACUAAAAAAGUCCUGUACUAUGGAUACUAGAUGACUGAUAGACAUACUUCAAAAAUUAUUUUUUAAAUACCUCCUAAUAAUAAAACAAACAAACAAAACAUACUCAUGAAUAACAAAUGUAUAGGGGAGAAUGGAUUGUUAGUAACGCGCACUACCAGUCCCAUUGCUAACAAUAUACUCUAUCGGAACGACCUCCCCGUGGUCUCUCUGGAAACGAUCGUGCUGAAUUCCAGGUGUAUUCAUCACGGUGGACUAACAUGUACUCUUCGUUCCCACCUAUCAUCUCUCACUGGUGCCCCGCCAGCGUAUACCGUCAGCACAGGCAAGGUUACCAUUCCAUUAUCGUCCAUUAAAAAAACUCACUGGUGCCCGCCAGCGUAUACAGAUAGCGUAAGCAUGCCUAUCAUUUUAUCAUCAGUUGCGUGAUAAUAGUGACAAUCGCUAGAUGGCGCUGUGUAAAUUUAGAACACGAUAAAGUUUCGCCUAGCCAAACUAUAUAAUAUUAAAUACAUUGGAAUUUACGAUAUGUUUAUAAUUAUUUAUCUAAAACAAAUAUAACUUUCUUAAAGUCCGA